GCAUGCGGACGUAUUAUCUCAAGCAACUGCUUUACUUUACGGUUACAAUCCAAAGAGAUUACCAAGUCUUGGUGCUUAUCUCUGGACCCUGUCUUGCAAUUUGGUUAUGAUUUGAAUGCGUCCUGCGCCUAAAAAUAUAACCAAGACUACACUUCCCGCCAGGCCGCUCUCUUCACGCUCAUCGUCAUCCUCAUUACUAUCCAAUUCAACAAACUCACUCCCACAAAAUUAUGCUGCAUCGCACCUGACCACAGCAAUGAUGCAAUCUCAGCACCCACCGGCGGUAGGAACUACCCCGCCUCGCAAUUCAAAGCUAGACCAUAUUAUACAGAAUUUUUAUACCAAAGCUGCCCAAGUCAUUGUGCAGGCACGAUUAGGUCAGAUAGAAGAACGUCAAGCCAAUCGCGGACAAUCCACACGCCGAUCUUCGAGAGGCUUGCAAACCAGAGACAGCAAUACCAGUAAAAAAGCAAACAAAUGGUUCAAUUUAGUCACAGAGGAUUUGGAUGUCUUGAAGGAGGAUCUUAAAUUUUGGCGGACGCAAGCCAUCAAUCCCUCGGGUGAAGAGCCUCCUCCCAUGAAAAUUGACAUCUUUUUAGACGUUUCCGAAUUAUCUCAAAACCAAAUCCUUGUUGUGGUGGAUGAAACCUUGCGCCGAAAUCGUAUUGAUCUUGCUUCCAGUGCUACGAGUUCCGGCUCAAGAACGACGGUUGAUAAAAUCUUACUUGAAAGCUGGACCUUAACAUUAAACCAUCCCAUUCCUGACUAUUCAGUCGACCUACCCAACUUAUACAAACGCUCUAUUGUCUUUUUCCGAUCUUUGCAUUCUUAUGUCCGACUUUUACCUGCUUAUAAUUUGUAUCGCCGUUUGCGGAAGUAUGGAAACAUAAGUCAGCUGCGACUCGGCUAUCGUAUGGUGUCCGUGGAUACCGAGCAAAGUGGCGAAAUUGGAAUUGAUGUCUCAAUUGUCGAGCACGAUGCUCGUAGCCCUACCAAGUCCUAUGAGUUUGCUGAUAUAAUGACACCCCUGGGACAUUUCAAUCUCAAAGUCGAAUAUCGCCCAAACUGUGACUUUCAAGUCGAUGACAUGGAACGGGAUCUUAGUGCUCGCUUCAUUGAUAUGGAUGAGCAUUAUUUCACACCCACUAUGGCGAAAUACCAGCAGGAGCAAGAUAUGCAACGAACUCGUUCAGCAUCAUCUUAUGAAGGCGGCAGUGCCAAGGCAAAAAAUACCGUAACUGGUUUCAAACCCGUGAGUCCUGGGAGCCUACCUUCACCCAUCGCUGCUUCUAGUCAUGAAGAUCAGGAACUCUAUGACAGUCCAAGUUCAAAAGCGUUGGCAGACGAUUAUUCUGAUCCCCGUGAAAUCGUUCAGCAACGUCAGCGACAAGCUAGCAUGACAUCCAUGUCCUCCAUCUCACCGGUGAAUCGUGAACGGUUAUCCUUCACACGAACCAGUGGUGCCGAAGCAUCGACGGCAAGCAUUGGUCGCAAACCAUCGGCAACUAAUAUAUCCCCUUUCAAAUCCCCAUCCUUAUCGUCAUCACCCAUUCAACAAAGUGGAUCCGAAUAUGGCAUUUCUCAAUCAAAAUAUUAUUCGUCACCCAUUGGCCAUCCUUCUGGAAGCAGUAAGCCCUUUUCAUAUCAGUCUACUGGCGGAGACGAUGGUAGUUCUAGCAGUGCUCGCAAAGUGGAGUUUUCAAGCAGCUUUGAUCGUUACAAAGGGAGCCCCAGUCGUGGUGACAUUGGUACUGGAAUGAGUCGCCGCUUAUCGCGUAACAGUGAUCAUAGUCUGGUUGAUUUUUACUCAUCUGGUCAAGAUUCCGAUUCUGCUCUGGAAGAAUUUAUGCAGUUCGUACAAUCCAAGCAGGAGUUGAAGAUGUUUUCCAGUAGAGGUAGUACAACGGCCACACCGGACAAUGAGUUGUCCUAUGAUGACAGUAUAGACAAUAGUAUGAUGGCUAGUGGAUUAGGGAGUGGCUCCAUGUACAGGUCAAAGGUACGACGAAUAUGAGAAAGAUCACGAUAGCGCUGACAUCUGACACCCUCUUCCACCUAUAGAAAGCACUUUCUCGAUUUCAGGCGUUGCGAGAAUCGCACGAUAACCUAUCAGAAUCGAUGUCUGCUAGUAUGAUGGGGUUAGGUAUAACUGAAGGAAGUGGUGGCGGAAGGAACUAUGGGUCGCCUAGUUACACAGGCGUAUCACCCACUUCAUCAUCGUCAUCUCAAAGUCGAUAU